UACUGUGUCCCCAGAAAAUUUUCCUGUGCCACCGUGCCGUCACCACCGUCGACCUCAAUUUUCAAGGUACGUUCCUAAUCGAAUCAGAUCUAAUCAUCUCGAUCUAGAUCCACAAAUAUCCACCAAUUUUUUUCAUAUUAUCCGCAAUCAAUAGAAAAACUAGAAGCAUGAAUAACUUUCAGUUCGAUUUUGGGAUGGGAUCGAACCGACCCAAAUCCCUCAACGAUCAGAAGAACCAAACUACCUCUUCCUUUUCUUCUUAUUCAUAUUCAUCAUCGGCUGCACAAUCCAAGCCCUCGUGGCAACCAAACAAGCCCGCAUCCGCAUGGACCCACCAACCUGCCCCGGCGCAGAUGGAUCGUACUGGAUUGAAUGGACCUUCAUCCAUGGUGGGUGAUAUUUUUGGUAAGAGCUGGAACUCUGGAGGUGGGGGUGGGUCUACCAUUGGGAUUGUUAACAAGGACCCGAACCUGUUUGGGGAUUUGGUUAAUUCCGCCAUGGGGCAGGGUCAAGGUAGUAUGAAUAGUAAUGUUCCUUUGAAAAAUGCAACACCCAAAAUGAAUUCAUCGAGUAAGAGCCCAUAUUCAAUGGGUAAUGUGGCUGAUUCAUUGCCAAAAACUAGUGAUCCAUUGAAAACUAGUGUUAGUUGGGGAUCUUCAGGUGGAUACAAUGGCUUUGGUAGUAACGUUAAUGCCAAUGUUAGUAGUAAUAAGAGUUCGAAUCUUGGUGUUGGUGGUCCUUCAAUGAAGAGUAUGGCCGGAGGUGUGAGUGGAAGAGGGGUUAAUUCAAAUAAGGACCCAUUUGGUUCUUUGGUUGAUUUUUCAUCGAAGCAGUCAUCGGGUAGUCUUAAUUCAGCAAACAAAGGUAAUAAAGUUGCUGAUGAUUCAUUUGGGGGUUUCCAGGAUGCUUCAAAACCAAAACCAAGCACGACUACAUUUCAAUCUAGUGGUUUUACUUCGAAUAGUAAUGAUUUUAUGGGAUCAAAUACAAGUUCUGAUUUCAAUAUGGGUGACUUUGGGAUGCCUGCUAAGAAUGUUGGAUCCCAAAAUCAGACAUCUGUCAAUAGCUCAGGUGGUGACCCUCUUGAUAUGUUCUUUUCAUCAUCUUCAGCAUCAGCUGGAAGCACCAUAACAGCAUCUGGCGGAGGUGGAGAACAACAAUUUUCCGGAGUGGAUGAUUGGGGAUUUGAGCCUGAUUUUGGUGGAGCAGGAGGACAUGAUGAGGGUGGUUCAACCACUGAGCUUGAAGGGCUUCCUCCUCCCCCUGCUGGGGUCUCUGCCGCUGCUGCAAAGAGCAAGGGUAUCGAUAACCAAAAGCAGGGCCAAUAUGCCGAUGCCAUUAAGUGGCUUUCAUGGGCUGUAAUUCUUCUUGAAAAAUCAGGCGAUAAGGCUGGCACCAUGGAAGUUUUGUCAUGCAGGGCUUCUUGUUAUAAAGAGGUUGGGGAGUAUAAGAAGGCUGUUGUUGACUGUUCGAAGGUACUAGAGCAUGAUGAUGCAAAUGUGUCUGUCCUCGUACAGCGAGCACUCUUGUAUGAAAGCAUGGAAAAGUACAAACUUGGUGCUGAAGACCUGAGAACUGUCCUGAAGAUUGACCCUGGUAACAGGAUAGCAAGAAGUACCAUUCACCGCUUGAAUAAAAUGGCAGGCUAGAAGGUUCUGAGACUCUUCCUUUCAUUUGCGUUAGCUUCUUCAUUCAGAUUGAUACCUUCUCCCCUUUUACUAUCAAGAGAGUAUGGGGAAUAAUAAACUCUUUGAUUAAAUACGGGGUUUUCAAUUUCAAUUGAGAUGUGGGAUUGCAGAGGCUUUUUAUGUAUGAUGUGUUAAAUUUUACUUCUCUUGAUUGUAACGUGAUAUAUGAUUCUUGUUGUAUGCCUUAAAACGUUUUUGGUGUUUCUGACAUCCAAUUUUACUGUUAUAGAACUUGAUCUCAAGGUUUUGAAAUUUUCCUAUCCUAAACACCUUUGUGUUGUUUAUGAUGAAUGAUAACCUCUGUUGCUAUUCCAUCUGUGUUUUUUUUCAGAGUUAAAUGCCAACUAAAACGCAAAAUGCAUAAAGUGAAUCCUAUUAUCUUCAUUCCUAAUGGACAUCUUUAGCAUGUGUAUCAUCUAUAUUAAAUGAAGAACUGGAUUUCAAGGAUAUUUGGGUUGUCAUGAUUUCCUAUAAUUUGUAUCAUCUUUAAGUUUUGUUUUUGGAAAGGCAAUCUGUAUCAUCUCUAGUUGUUGUUCGUGAAAUGGAAUGAUGUAAUAGUAUCUUCUUGCCCAGAUACUUCUGGAAUAGAAAAGCAAGGUAAAA